CAGGUAUUCUCGUCGUGGCGGCACGGGUGGAUGCUGACGUACAGUAGAGGCGGUAAAAUUGAGAAGUGCGAAUUUUCAAGCUCUUCCUCUGUCUGCUGAAACCAUUUUUUAAAGUCAAGUUCAACGCGCAUGACGUGCAUGCGAGCCACGAGGACUUUCCCGAAAGCAUGACAAGCCUAGUAACAUUUGAAGCAUGUCUGCGCCGAGGUUGUGGUGCAGUCCUCCAUAUGUGUUCUCACUCUCCUCCAAGUUCAACGUGUUAAGGGCAUAACUAUGAGGACCUGUCUCGUCAGCUGGUUAGUGUUGACCUUUCUGAUAGCCUGGUGCAGAUGGACAGCAGCCAGGACGUGCUUAGAUGACCAUUUGGACGCUGCUUCCAAAGCACAUCUUGCUCCCAUCGUAUUUCAGGGUCGCCUUGUAAAAGUUUCUUCUGUCGAUAAAGUUGCACAGUUUCGUGUCAAGAGACUAUACAAGAGCGACGCAAAUGUAGCCCUGCAGCAAAAAAAUGUGGUGUUUCUGAAAUUCCUGAAUGAGAACUAUUGCGUUGACACUUUUAGGGAAAAGGAACUGAAGCAGAAAAAUAAAUACAUUGUUUUUGCAGCAACGCAAAAGUCGGCGCAGCCCGGAAACCCCGGGAACCAAAGUUUAGUGGCCGUCGCUAGGCCGUUACGGAAGAAUCGAAAAAUUCACCGAACAGUGAGGAAAGUAUUGUGCCAGGGUUGUGCCAAGCCACCAUCUACCAGAAUACGUCAUGCUAAAGUGAUCACUCAGGGGAAUGCCGAAAUCAAGUUAAGGUGUAUUAUCCGAGGAAACCCACAGCCCAAAGUACAAUGGUAUAGAAAUAAAAUACUCAUCAGAGAAAAUAAGAGGAUUAAAAUAAAAACGAGAAGACGAAAGUCGGUGUUAAUUAUCAAACGAGUUCGACGACGUGAUGGCGGCCAGUAUCAGUGCCGAGCAUCCAAUAUUUUGUCUCCGCCAUCUGUCAGUGAGACUGAGAUUAUUGUCCAAUCAAAAAGACACAAAAAUCGUGUAAUAGAGUCUCCACACUGGCAAUUCAAAGGACGACCUUGUGAUGUCCGGUCCUACUGCCUGAAUGGAGGGAACUGUACCAUGAUCGAGUCUCUGCAGGAGCGGGUGUGUGAAUGUGCCGAUGGGUAUAAAGGUCUUCGGUGCGAGCACAAAGACACGACGCAUACAUUUGAUACGCUCGCAAGAUCCUCUUCGCAUUCUUCUCCAUCCAAUAAGGGAAAUCCAAGAUCUGGAUCAGUCAGUUCUGUAGCAUCACGUCGAAGAAAAAUUCGAAGGAAAUCGCAAAAAACAGUUGCGCCACCUGACUCAGUGGACAUCGUCGCAACUACAAAAGUUCUGGAGGCAUUUUGGGGGAAAUAGAGUACUUGGAGAGGAAGUAUCAGUAUCGCAUUAUUGUCAACACUUUGUCUAUGGUCAUUUAGUGUCUGUUUUUUACUUGUACUUGGACUACUUCACACAAAAUACAUCUUAUGUUCGAUAAACUACAACACAAAAGCCAAGUUCAUAUACACAGGUCAUUUUAUCACUGGAAAAUCUUCAUUCUGUAUUGGAAGCUGGCAUUUAAUCAGCACAUCUGAAGACUUGAUAUAUCAAACAAAGGAACUCGAGUUGGCGGGAAAGCUGAACAUCAAUUACCAAGACUCCGCUGAAUAGUUUCAUCUUGCAAACUAAACUAGGAGCUGGUCUCGCUUGUUAGUGUUAAGAAACUUAACCAUCUAUCUUAACAGCAAAUAUCUACCGUAUAAAUACAAACCAACAUUUUAACAAAAAAGCAGUGUUUAGAAGUAUCAUUAGUUUAGAGGCAACGUGCAAAAAUAUUUCUAACCAUAAAAUAAAAGCUUUUAUUUAAAAGUUAUUUAAUUUUUCACAGACCCCUAAUAAUGCCUAAACACCGGAAAAAUAUUUUUAUUUAUCAAAGGUUAAUGCGGUGAAAGUCCAUAACGUAGUUAUAAUUGUGUUUUUGCUGUGGUAAAGUAACAUAUUCUGACUCAAAAAGAAUAUGCUGCUCGGUUCACAGCUUCUAAUCGCUGCUGUUUUUGUGUGAAGUGGUUCUCUGCAGACAAAUAAUGGUUGUAUAAUAUUUAAGAACAAUGGCAACACGCUAUGUCUGACCAGUCAUCGUCUCAAGAGAAGGUAGCUGUCAAACUGGGAUGUCUUCAAAUUUAUAUAAACUUCUAACAAAAUCUAAAAACUGUAAUUUAUUUAGUUUUGUGGGAUGCCGAUACUCCUCUCCAAACAAGAUGUAGUAACUAGACAUCAUUUUGUAAGGCUUGGUGAAAGAAAUCAACAUGGGAAGUAAUGGAACAUUUCUCCAGUUUAUUUGAAUAUAAUGAAUGAGACACUAUUUGUAAAUAAACCAAUCUUCUGGUUCAGUCACCUCAAGAGUUUGCAGGGAUUAUGGAGAUUUAUUACGAUGGGGAUCAAAUGAUUUGUCACAAACAAGUUCAGCUUGCUUGUGUUCAGCAGAUUUUAGACAAGUAUAUGUACGGUUCACGAUGAUUGAAGCAAUUGAAAUUCGAUUUUUUGCCACGUGGUCCCCUCUAAUUGUGGUAGUAGUAGAAAAUCUAAAAUACUUUGUUCAUGUUACACAGCUAGAGUAAGUAAAACAAUAAUUUUUAUAAUCGACACUUUAAAAAUGUUACCUGUGCUAUUAGUUAAGUCCAACAUGAAUUUAGUGCAAGAAACGACUAAUAGUUACUCUAGGGGAAAAGCAUGACUCUUUAAUGGCUGUGCGUCUUGGAAAAUUGAAAGGUAGACAUGGUUUUCUGAAUUUGAAAUUUCUGAAAAUUUCAUAUUGGCUAAACAAUUAGUUAUAUAGUCCGCUAAAGCUAUGUGUUGGUGAUCAAUAGAUCCUAGAUAAAGUACUGGUGCUAAACAGAUCCUGGUUUAAUUGUUGGUGCGACACAUACUAAUUGUUAAAACUAAUGCUAGUAAAUAUCUAUGAUUGUUUUUAGCAUUAGGUAGAAAAUAAAAAUAGGCUACUAGUGCUAGUAAACCCCAAGAUAAGCUGUUUUGCCAAAUCUAGAAAUUCUGCUGUAUUUAUGUAAAAUAUCUUUUUCAAUAAAUGCAUUUAAUAGUUUAAUUUUACGAGCCUUGAGAAAUAGCUAGUGUUAAAAAUCUACCAUUUGUCAUAUCAUAAUAAUAAUAAUAAAAAGGUGUAUUGUUAAUACUAACAUAGUUAAGGAUAUACAUGUAUCUAGCAGUAGAUACAUCUAUGGUACGGUGUUACUUAUAAGUCUUUGAUCAGACUUAAGGUAUCCUUUACUGGUAACAAGAGAUAAAACUUGUAAUAUUCUAUAAGAGUAAGAUAAAUUGAUAGCACUAGACAAAUCCUGUAUACAUUGUAAAUAUGGAUAGAACCAGGAUUUUCUGGUAUUGGUAGAUUCAGAAUAUAUUGUUAGUGCUAAGUGAAUCCUGGAAACAGUAUCCAUACAGUUCUAUGUAUUCAAUAUUGUACACUGAUGGUAAAACAAUGUACCCGUAAAGCGUGUAUAAAUAAACUAUAAUUCUAUCAUAGGUUCCUACAUCCGGAAAAUUCAUGCUGUGUGAUAUUUCUAAAUAUAACGACAUCAAUGAUUAACACUUGAAAUAUAGGAAUAUGGCUCUCGAGCUUGGUUGCAAUUACAAUAGUAAAACUAGCUUGCUUCAUACAAAAUUCAUGCUGUGUGAUAUUUCUAAAUAUAACGACAUCAAUGAUUAACACUUGAAAUAUAGGAAUAUGGCUCUCGAGCUUGGUUGCAAUUACAAUAGUAAAACUAGCUUGCUUCAUACAAAAUCAAUUUAUUGAAGUCGGCUAUAAGUUGAAUGGAUUUUAAAUCCCCUUUCAAAUUUGCCUUGGAUGUUUUACAAUCCACCUACUUUAAUCUGAAGAAUCCAUGAAAUUAACCUAAGUUUCCACAGUUAUUUUAGAACUUCACAGCGAGAAAGGAGAUUCUACAAAAAUCUUACAAUGUAUGUAUGUACAGAGAAUGGCUGAGAGAAGUCUAAAAAGUUUGUUGAAUUGUUUUAUAGCCUGCUUGCCAAAACAUGAAUGAAUGUUUUUCAUCUUUUCCAACCCACCGGAAACUUGUGUGUAUUUGUUGGUCAACUCUCAUUACAAUCUACUAACUUUACAGUAAACAUCAUAUUCUUUUAUGCCAUUACUUAUCUUAAAUAACAAACACUAGUUACAAUUGUGGGGCCAUCUUCUUAUUUUAUUUAAUCUCUCUUAUGAAUCCAUAAUAUUUUUUUCAUUCUCCAUUUAAAAAGUUAUUACCACAAAUAUAAUGUGUAGUUGCUUGAAUUUGUGUAAAUAGUGACAGUGAUAAACUAUACCAAAAUAUAAGGAGCUGUACAUUUGCACCCUAAAUGGUAGUUGUAAAUUGUGUUUUAAAUGGAAGUUGAUGAGGUAAACUUGAUCCAAAGGUCUUUUAUUCUCAGCUGAUCUAAUAUAUAAUUAUGUUGUUGUGUUUAAGUUAUUAAUGUUCAAGAUAUUGAUGUUAUAUGUAGUUUCUGCAUUUCCACAACUUUACACAGGUUCUUUUACAUUUCUAAACUAAUCUGUUAACUAGAUCUGAAAUAUAACACUUUCAAAAUUUAUUUUUCAUAUUUUCAUCUUACGGAUGGUAUUUAACUUUUUUACUUUUGCUCUUACAUUUCAAGGAUUGUUUAUAAUAGCCCCCAAAAUAAUUACCUUCGGGAAAAAAUAUCAAAUUACAUGUAAUCUUUUAUUAUACUUUGUAUGAAAGUUUCUGUUAGUACUUGGUAAUGUUCUUUCUAGGUUUAAUGAUCAUAUUGUGU